CCUGACCAGGGCAGAGCGAUGGACAGGAUUUUGAAGCUGGUUUUGUGAGUCACUGAGAACUCAGCACCCGCCCACUUGAGGCCAAAUUUGAAAGUUCAGCUUGUGAAGUGUAGGACCACGUCCAGGUACUGGGGCUUUCUCCGUGGCCUUGCUCGCUCUCAGCUGCUGAGAACAGCCUUGAGUUGAGGAAAUUGUGGCCGGACAAACAGCGAGGCAGUUCUGCUCCGCGUCAGCCUCCAGCUGGCGGGUUGCUGCUGAGCCUGGGCGCGAGCAGAGCAUCUGGUGGGCGAGGAGCCGGCCGACCACUCCGCCCUCUGGGGAUGCUGGGACAAGCUCUCGUCCUCACACUCCUCCUGCUCCUCAAUGGGCAUCAGGCCCAAGAUUCUGCUGAAGCUGUGGUCGGACUCUCGGGAAUGCAAGUCUCCCUCCAACCCCCCACAACACAGACAAAGCACAUAAACUCUGUGAAAUGGAAGAUACAGAGGAACUCAACUUCAAAAACUUCCGUGAUACUGACUUGGAAGAAUGAGGUUGAAGUGUGGACUGACGAUUUAAAAGAGAUCUUCGAUUUUAGGGAAAAGAAUUUAACUCUUCUCAUCAAAGCAGCUCAGCCGAGGGACAGUGGCCUCUACCUCCUGGAGGUGACUGAUGACAGUGGGAAAGUCAAGCAUCACCGGUUCUGGGUUUCUGUAUUUGAAUCUCUGCUUCCAGAUCCUGUAGGGACCCUUGAAGCAGUGGGGAAGACGAAGGUCCUGGGUGGAGGGAAAUGCCAAGUGUCGCUGUCCUGCUCAGUCUCCGGAGGUGGCCAUGUGAGCUAUGUUUGGUAUAGAGGGAAGGAGUUGAUCGAGACCCCAGACAAUCUCAGCAAACUGGAGGAGCAGAUUGAUGUCAACAGCUUGGAAAACUACACCUGCAACGUCAGCAACCCGGUCAGCUGGGUAAACCACACCUUCUCCCAGAGCUGUGACAACAAGCAACACACCUCUGUGGACUACUUGGUGUUCAUCGUGAUUUCUCUAAUCAUCCUGCUCCUGGUCACCCUCACCUGCUUCUGUGUGUGGAGGAGGAGGAGGAAGCAGUGCCAUAACAACCCAGGGGAACCUCUGACAGUUUAUGAAGACGUCAACAACUUGCAAAACAGGUGUAAUCAAACGCAGAGGCAGAAUCCCCCCGGGGAAGGAAGCACCAUCUACUCCAUGAUCCAGUCCCAGUCCUCGGCUCCCACAUCACAAGAAGCAAAUACGUUGUAUGCGCUGGUACAGCCUUCCCGGAAGUCUGAAUCCAAGAAGAAAAACCAGAACUCUUCCUUCAGUUAUACCAUCUACGAAGAGGUUGGAAAGACACAACUCAAAGCCCAGAACCCUGCCCGACUGAGCCGCAGGGAGCUGGAGAACUUCUGCGUGUAUUCCUAGUUGCUGUAGCCGUUCUCCCCUCCCUUAAUGUCCCAGCGUUGCUUUGGGAUUCAGCGCAAUGGAUGAUACCACUUGAGUCUACAGAAUGGUGCACAGUUUAGAGAGGACAUGGGAGUUUUUUAUAGUCUAUGUCUUGUUUUUGGAAAAUGAUUUCUACUAAGAGCGAGUCUGUUAAAUAAUAUCUCUAACUUACAGAUUGGAUGAGAAUGAGUAGACCAUUGGGUAGUUCAUCAAAGACUGCAAAGCAAGCCGACAGCCACACAGCGAGUGUAUCAAGUGCUAUGCCGACGCAGGCUGCUAUUAUGACUAGCAUUACGAACCCUUCCUCUGGUUUUCUAAUGUGUGACUCAUCUUUCCUCCUCUCUAAUCGGGAAAGACCACGUUUCUAGACUCCCUCCUUGCCCAGGCCCAUCUUCCAAAGAGGGAGGAAAGAUAGGGUGACUCAGAGAAAGAGAAACAGCCCCCCGCCGUGAGGAUGGACUAACUAGCUGUGAGCCGCUGGCAGCUUCUCCAGGAGGCCCGGGCCUAGGCUUUACUCCGAUACAGAGGAAACCCCACUCCCCCCACCACACAUUAAACCCUUACUUCUGGCCACUUGAUCACGAGGGAGAGAGGGCAGGAUUGAGAGUAGACGGUGCAGAGCAAGCUGACCUCUGAGUGGAAAGAUCACCCUGAGCCCGUGCUGUCCUGAUAACUGGACAGUGAGACCAGCUUUGCCUACGGUAUGAUGUAUGAUUUACAAAACCACGUUAUUAGAAAUCUGUUUUAGCGUCUUCGCAAAUUCUUCACAAGUAAAAACAUAUUCUCUUUAAGUUCUGAGUCCUGACCAGUGCUCCCCAUGGCGUAUGCUGGAGCAAGGGUUCAGCCGGCUGAGCAGCUGUGAACUAGACCCCUGCUGGGCUCCCCUGAGUCUCAGGCCAGUCUCUUCCACGAGGCUGUGGGGACAAGAGACGAGACUCCGGCUGAGCCCAGUAAGGGGAUGCGUGCGAGCUGGAAGAGGUCCCACUCAGAGACCCCAGCUGUGGCUAUCGCAUGGAGCCUGGUUCCUCAGUUGUCCACUCUGUAUUUAACAUGGAAAUUUAAUACAAAACCAUGCUGUCAUUCCGAGGCAUUCUAAAUUUCUUUUCUGAGUUAAAUUUUUGUGUCCCUUCCAUAUUCUGUACUUUUCCUCUCUAUAGCAGCCAGAGGGCACUUGUGACCAUCAAUAAACACAAGUCUGUUUAGUUCCUCCUGGA